GAUUAAGAACACCUCUGCAGUCCCUGCAAACUUGUCAAAAUCGGUGUUUAUGUUUGUACUUCUGUCCCUGAGUUGGCCCAGCCUUACGUGGCAGACGUUGGGCAGCUGGAGUAAACGGAGAGCUUAAAUCUAUCCAAUUUCACGUAUUUUUGGAACUAUCUUGUUGGUUGAUUAAGUAGAAAGUUCUCCUCUGCCGUUGAAGUGACCGGAGCUCUAGCAUGAAUCCGGCGUAUCCGCCGCCACAACCUUCGCCAUAUGGAGCAGCUCCAGUAACUGGGUACGGGCAAUCGCCUGCUGGACAAGGGUAUGGACCUCCUCCCCAAAGAAAUUACGGGGGCGCUCCACCACCAGGAGCUAUGCCCGGGCCUGGAGUCAACAACUCACCUGGAAUUGCAUCAUUUCCAUUGAAUGGUCCAUCACCUCAGCCGCCUAACUCACAGGGUCCUAUGUCUGGAGCUCCAACUGGCCCACCAAUGGGUCCAUCAAGUGGUCUGGCAAUGGGCUCAGUAGACAUGAUGAAAUCUCAAUCGAACCACAUGGCAGGAGGUUUCCCACAUGGCCAGGGGCACCCUGGAUUGCAACCAGGUCUACAACAGAGACAACAACCUCAGCAGUUUGGUGGUCCUCUGCCCCAGGGUCCACCCCAAGCAACACCUCAGGGCCCACCUCAUCCACAAGGCCCUCCUCACCAGCAGGGUCCACCUCAACCUCAGGGCCCACCUCAACCGCAAGGCCCACCUCAACCUCAGGGCCCUCCCCAACCGCAAGGCCCACCUCACCUGCAAGGCCCACCUCACCUGCAAGGCCCACCUCACCUGCAAGGCCCACCUCACCAGCAGGGUCCACCUCACCAGCAGGGCCCACCUCACCAGCAGGGUCCACCUCACCUGCAAGGCCCACCUCACCAGCAGGGUCCACCUCACCAGCAGGGCCCACCUCACCAGCAGGGUCCACCUCAACCUCAGGGCCCACCUCAGCCUCAGGGUCCACCUAAGCCUCAGGCCCCCCACGGGCCUCCUCAAGCUAACCAGCCGUCUUUGCAAGGGCUUCAGCAAGGCCCAAUGCAGGGACCGCAGGGCCUUUCCCCUGGAAACCCGGGUCAAAUAACAGAGCAGAUGUCUGGUAUGAAUCUCAACAACUCUCCUCAAAGAUUUGGUGGUCCCUCCCUGGCUCAUGGUCCUCCUAUGUCAUCUCAACUUCCUCCUCAAUCUGGGGCCUUGAGGAAUGGUCCAGGUCAGCUCCCGCCUUCAAACCUUGGACCUGCAGGUUUCCCCCCUUCUCUAAAUGGAGGGACCCCGGCCAACACAGCUGCUGAUGGUACCCCUCAGUCUCCUUGGAUGCCAAAUUUACAAUCUCCCUCACACACCAGUCGGCCUCCUCUGCAACAGGGUAGUCCAUACAUGAAUGGGAUGCCAGGUCAACCUCUCCCUGGAAUGAAUAGAGGACCUCUGCCCCCUGGUGGUAAUACUAUGACAAAUGGUCCUCAAAUGGGAUAUCCUGGUGCAGUGCCCCCAAUGCCUGGUCAGUACCCUCCUCAGCCACAGCCUGGAAUGGGCUAUCAACAACAACCUGGUGUUCCCGGCUCUCAUAUGAACAAGGGCUACCCCCCUGCUCCGGGUGGAAUUCAGUCCCCGACACAGUAUGGUGCCUCUCAAGCCGGUAUGUUUCCUGCUCAGCAGCAAAAACAGCAGCAGAAAAGGUUGGAUCCAGCUCACAUGCCUAGCCAGAUUCAAGUUAUGGAAGAAGACGAGAAGAAUAAUGGAGGGGUAUUUGGCACCUGCCAGAAAGGGAAAGCCCCACCUCUUGUUACUACCAACUUCAUUGUUCAAGAUCAGGGCUAUUGUAGCCCUCGGUUUAUUAGAGCCUCUAUGUAUAAUAUACCAACUACAUCAGACAUCAUGAAACAGACCAAACUUCCUCUUGCUCUGAUCAUAAGCCCAAUGGCAGAAACAAAACCUCAGGAAAUGCCACCUCCUGUGGUUGAUAUGGGAGAGGUUGGUCCAGUAAGAUGCAUUCGCUGCAAAGCAUACAUGUGCCCUUUCAUGCAGUUUGUGGAUGGGGGGAGGAGAUUCCACUGUCUGUUCUGCAAGGCAACAACAGAAGUACCUGCAGACUACUUUCAACACUUGGACCACACUGGCAUGCGAGUUGAUCGCUUUGAGCGUCCAGAACUUAUGCUGGGUGCUUAUGAGUUUGUAGCAACCAAAGAGUAUUGCAGAAAUAAUACCAUCCCGAAACCACCUGCUUUAAUCUUCUGUAUUGAUGUAUCAUAUAACAACAUAAAGUCAGGAAUGGUACAUCUCUUGUGCUCCCGUAUGAAAGAGUUGUUGAAGAACUUGCCAAUAGAUACUGCUGUUGGGGCACAGAAGACAAACAUGAAAGUUGGUUUCAUUACUUAUAACAACACAGUUCACUUCUACAACAUAAAGAGUUGCCUUGCUCAACCACAAAUGAUGGUUGUUGGAGAUGUCCAAGAAAUGUUUAUGCCGCUUCUGGAUGGUUUCCUAUGUGAUGCCGAAGAAUCAGCAUCUGUCAUUGAUUCAUUGAUGGAACAGAUCCCAGCUAUGUUUGGGGAAACGAGGGAAACAGAAACCGUACUUGCACCAGCUAUUCAAGCGGGCAUGGAGGCAUUGAAGGCAGCUGAGUGUGCUGGAAAACUACUUGUUUUCCAUUCUUCACUUCCAAUCGCUGAGGCUCCUGGCAAACUCAAAAAUCGAGAUGACCGCAAGCUCUUAGGAACAGACAAAGAAAAAACAGUCUUAACACCUCAGAAUAAUGUUUACAAUACUCUUGGCCAGGAGUGUGUCGGAGUUGGGUGCAGUGUGGAUCUUUUUGUUUUUAAUAAUUCCUAUAUUGAUAUUGCAACUAUUGGUCAAGUUGCUCGAUUGACUGGAGGAGAAGUAUACAAGUACACUUAUUUCCAGGCUGACACAGAUGGAGACCGGUUAAUUGCUGAUUUGCAAAGAAACAUUAGUCGGUCCAUAGGUUUUGAUUCUGUGAUGAGGGUUAGAACAUCAACUGGAGUUAGGCCUACAGAUUUUUAUGGUCAUUUCUUCAUGAGCAAUACUACAGACAUGGAACUAGCAAGCAUUGAUUGUGACAAGGGAGUGGCAAUUGAGAUAAAACAUGAUGAUAAACUUGCUGAAGAUGAUGGAGUAUAUAUCCAAGUUGCAUUGUUGUAUACAUCUUGUGGUGGCCAGAGAAGACUUCGCAUUUUAAAUCUGGCUCUAAAGACAUGCUCUCAAAUGGCAGAUGUUUUCAGGACAUGUGAUCUGGAUACUAUUGUCAAUUUCUUCUCAAAGCUUGCUUGUUACAGACUACUUGAACAUGCACCAAAGCAAGUUAAAGAUGGACUUGUGAAUGUAUGUGCUCAAAUUUUGGCGUGUUAUCGUAAAAAUGUUGCUAGCCCUUCAUCAGCAGGCCAACUUAUAUUGCCUGAAACUAUGAAGCUACUUCCUUUGUACCUUAAUUGUCUACUGAAAAAUGAUGCAUUAUCUGGAGGUUCAGAUAUGACUAUAGAUGACCGAUCAUAUGUCAUGCAGGCUGUGAUGACACAUGAUGUGCCAUCAUCUGUUGUAUACUUUUACCCACGACUUAUGCCUCUUCACACUGUCAAUCCUGAUUCGGUUGACAUACCUUUCCCAGUUAGAUGCAGCAUCGAAAACAUGGAGGAUACUGGCGUGUACUUAUUAGAAAAUGGAAUCCACAUGUUCAUGUGGAUUGGCUUGGCCACCAGCCCUGAGUGGCUGCAAGCUGUAUUUGGAGUAUCAAAUGCCAGUCAAAUUGAUGUAGAAAGACCGUUCCUUCCUGAUUUGGACACUCCACUAUCACAUAGAGUGAGAAAAAUUAUAAGUGAUGUUCGGUCUAAAAGACAUAGAUGUAUGAGGCUUACAUUGGUGAGGCAGAGAGACAAAAUGGAAAUGGUUAUGAAACAUUUCCUAGCUGAAGAUCGUGGAGUGGAUGGCUCUCCUUCUUAUGUGGAUUUCUUAUGCCAGCUGCACAAAGAAAUUCGUGGUUUACUUGAAUAGUUUAAGCAGUAUAGGCUAAGAUGCCAACAUUAACAGAAAUGGUCGAUCUUGAGAUGUCUAUCUUUGUUGCAUGGUUUUUUGUAAGUCAAAGGCUAGUAAUUAAAACCAAUGCAGUCUGAAUUACAUUCUAAAAAAAUUGAAGACCUCAUUGGUGACUUUCACAUUUUAUUAAUGAUGAGGUGUAUUGCUACUUCUGCUCCAAUCACUGAGCCAGCCUAUAGUUCCUGGGUGGUGGUUGUUGGUACAAUCAUAACAUAACAUAAAUAGGAAAACGAAUUUUUCAGUUUGCUCAGAUUACGCGUUUUAAUUGUUUGCUCAAAGUUGCCUGAUUUUCAAUCGCAUGUUUCAUGACAUCAUUGAGCCAUGAGUUACCCUCAUACUUGAACCCUUCAACAAAAACUAUAACAACUUGUGCGACAACAUUUAAAUUAGGAAUUACAAGUUUUGUCUUAAAGUAACUUCAACCAUUAUGUUGUUUGUAAAUUGUAUAUUUUAGAAGACUGGUUACUUGAUCAUAAAGGUUUAGCAUUACUUUCAAGAACUGACAUUAGUUGUACUUUAUAAAAAUGCUGGUUUUUCUAUUUAGCCAUAGCAGUUUUGGUGUUUGAAGGAAAGAAAAAGCUGUUACAGCACUGCAUUAUCCAACCACUGCUGCUGCUGCUGCUGGGCUUUGUGCCGCUGGUCUGAACUAUUCAAAAUACUGCAUAACCUAUUCUACCACUGCAUCUGUAUUGCAUCACAUCAUAGGUGAGAGAUUGUUUUAUUUGUUUAUGAAUUGAUGAUGGAAAAACUAUCAUUCUUAAACUUACCAUUGUGGUAAAUCAUGUAUUUAGGAAAAUUAUUCUACCUCAAUUUUUCUAUGCAAUCAUCAAAGUUGGCUUUUGCCAUUAUGUAUGUGUGUAUGUAUGUUUUUGUUUCCAACAUUGUUUUGAAUUUAAAAACGUGUACUUCUUUUCUGGUAAUGAACAAACACACUAAAGUUCCCUUUGGUGUCUUGUGAUAUCAUGGUGUUCACUCUGAAGUUGCAAACUCUGUUCAAUAUUAUCCAGGGUAUGAAAAGCCUUCCACCUCUAACUCACUGUGCGAUGCAGGAAUCAGAAUUUUCCAUGGAAAAUCUGGUGAUGUAUGAUGAUUAUAUGACUCAUUGUGUCAAUUGGAUUAGAACAUAGCAACAAAUUUUAAAACUACAUAAUUUUUCCUUGCGGUUGGUUUUAAACUGACUAUAUCACUACUGUGUAAUUUUAUAUUUGUUUUGUGAUUUUCACAAAAAUAUUUGGGUCUGUAAGUGUGUACUUGGAAGUGUAUGUGUGUUUAUAUGUAAGAAAAACUAUUGUUGGUAAAUUACUAGGAGUGUAAAAUGUGUAUAUACUGCCCACUGUGUGUAUUUCUGUUUAGCUGGUACCUAUAGGUGUAUGUAUUCCAAUUUUGACUCUUUACUUACGUUCUGUACAUUUGAUCCAGCUUUCAAAGAAAGAAGCAGUGUUGCAUUUUUUAAAUCCCCUUGUGUUUUGAAAACUUGAUAUGAAAUAGUCUUUGAAAUUAUUUUGCUCGACACUGCAUUAAUGGAACUUCCAUUAAUGCAAUGCCGGACAAAUUUUUCUGGGACUGCUUGUUACCUUCCCACUGGGUUGACAGUUUCGAAUUCUGUGAUUCCAGGGACUGAGGGGAUAGUUAUCAUAGCAUGAUGGCAAUCACAUUUGCCUCCUUAUUUUAAUUGUUGAAAAUAUACAUUUCAUUUUGUUCUCAUGAAGUGUUUGUUGACUGUUUUGUUGUAGAGCACUUGUUUCACCGAAUAGGUGCUUCCAAUUUUAUCACUAUUUCUGUAGUUUUCUUCUGUGAAAUAUUUGUUUGCCAUUGUGUUUAUCAGUGAGGUUGGAGCUGAGGGUUGAAACCAGCACAUUUUCCGAUAAUCUGGAAUGGUUGUGGGAUAAGUUUGGCAAUAAAAGGUAUAAGACUAGCAGCAUCAGCUAAGUAGCUUGCAAUGACCAAGCAUUGUUAAUAAUACAAUUUUGAUGAGUCUUCAUAAAAGUGCAAAGAUUUAAUUUUUCUGACUUUUUCAGUGUUUUUUUUUUUUUUUUUUGUGAGAAAAUGCUUUGCAAAGUUGUAGUAUUGUAUCCAAUUCCAAUCUUUCCCUAAUGUAUUUUAUCUGGUACACACAUGCAUAUAUUUAUGAUAAACAAUUUACUAUGAAUAUUUUUAUGGAACGUAUUAUUGUUAUAAUUUUUCCAUGUUGAGAAUUGCGACACAUAGCGAGAUUCAUAAACAAUUGUAACAUACCAUUAAAAGAGGAUUUUGUGGAAUAAACGCUUUUAUUAUCAAA